AAUAUGGGUACAAAAGAUAGAAAUGGUUCAGAGCAGCCCUGGGAAUUGACGGGAAGACGUGUGUGGGUAAAAGGAAUUAUGAGUUCAGAUCUCAAGCCUUCCAGACUCUCUGUCCUGCCUCACCCUGAUCUAGCCAGGCCUAGCUCAGACCUUCAUUAACCCAGUGUCACCUUGUCCUACCCAAUCCAUACUCCAUCCAGUCCCCACUAGCCCAGCCCUAACAGCAGGGUCACUCACGAAGGCUUACGGUGGUGUCUGAGGCCAUGGCCAACCGCAGCCUCUUGGAACCCCUCCAACUGUCAUAGAACACACCCCACCCCCAACUGCUACCUAGCCCAAAUCCCUGAGUGCUGUCUGGGGACAGAGAGACAGAAAGCUGGAGCCACAGAUAGAGGGACACAUAGCCUUAGAGCCAGACUGACAGGUUAAUCCAGGAAGCCAUUGGGAGUGCCUGGAAGCAGAGGCUAAUGUAAACUGAGUACAUUCAGAGACUAGCCCCAUCCUGCUCUUCAACAUGGACCAGAACUCCUCUGACCUCCAGAGCAAAGAGACAGCAGCUCCCAGCAGCAGGCAAAAUGAAAUGCAAGACUCUCUGAAAGUGACCUUGAGCCUCCUAGAUGCCACCCAAGGUCAGAAGACUAACACGCAAACUCCUUUGCCUAUCAUCCACAUUCGCAAAUUAAGCAAUGUGGAACCGUCAACGUCCACACCUAUGCCCCGAAGGGUUAGCAUCCAGGAACCACCAGCAUCUGUCUUUCUCCCUCGCAGGGUUAGUACACUGAGUUCAUCCCCAUCCACCAUUCUCCCUCGAAGGUUAAGUACUCAAGAGACCCUUCUUCAGGGUUCCCAGUCCAAUGUACAGGACAUACAGUCUGUGGCCUACAAUCGAUGGCUCAGUUCCAGAGAGUCUGCUUCCCUUAACCAUAAUCGCCGGCUCAGCAUCCUAAGCGCUCAUACCCUGUCCAGUGCCCAGUCAGAAAUUCGCAGCUCACAAAUGGAAACUGAAAGCCACCCCUCCAUACCCCAGUCAUAUAGCCCCAACAAAAAACAAAUGCGGCCCAGUGUGGAUGUCCCCCCGUCCAUAACCCAGAGCCCACAGGCCAGCAUCAGAAGUUUCGAGUCCUUUGUCUGGGACUCCAAGGACAGCUUGAAAGAGUUCUCAGAUGACUCUUUGUCUAAUCACAGUAUGCUAGGCAGCACCUCAAAACUGUCCAACAUUUCUACUAUAAUGAACUCUAGUAGUCACAUGAUCUGUCACAGGGCUCAGAGCAAAUGCUGGACACUGCUUCCCAUAGGCUGGAGGCUGUUGCUCGAAGCCAAGAAGAUCAGCAGGCACCUUAGCCUGGUGCUGACUGUGGCCGGCAUGGUGAUGCUCAGCCUCAUCGCCUUGUGGAAACCCUGGAUCCACUUCCGAGUGCCUCUAGGACCCCCAGGCGACCCCGCUGGCCCCCAAACCAUCUCCAUUGACACCAUCUUCUUCAUGCGGUGCCCUGACAUCUCCUGCAUGAAUGAAUACGAUAAGAAUGCAUAUUUGCUGGACAUAGCCUGGGCCUGCAUCCUCAUCUCCGGUGUCAUGAGUUUCUGUGUAUUCAUGGGUCUCAUCAGCACUAUCUUCUUCCCUAGCACUAACCUGCCCUUAAUGGACUUCUCUCUCUUCAUCUGCAGCCUCUUGACCGGUAUGUUACUAUGGUGCUUCCCAUGGGCGCCCAUCACAAAGGCUAGCCCCAUCCCCCUAUACUCAACCUAUCCCACCUCCAUCUUCACCCUCAGCCCCAGCUCCUUACAAAUCUCCAGCCAUCAUGAUGCCUCUGGCCAUAAAAAGAGCCUCACUCUCUUAGCCCUCAUGUCAUUGCCAGCAAAUCAAAACCCCAAGUCCUCCUCCCUGACACCUGGUCCACCCCACCUCAUCCUGAAUACCUUACUCUCCUCAGCCUCUUCACAAAUCUCAACACCCAACUUGGCCUCAAGUCUCAUUCCCCUCCCUGACUGUCUCAAGGCCAACCCGACCCUGGCCUUCUGAGAAGCUCAGCCUCAUCCUCAGUCCCAGUCCACCCUGAGUUUCACCUCCUUCUUGGCCCACACUCCAACCUACCAGCUGGGCCCUUCCCUCUGAAACUCAUCCCAAGCAAUUCAACCAAAACCCAAGGACACCUUCCACCUAUUCUCAUCGCCAGCACUUCCUGGACCCCAACCUCCAUACACAGCUCCAUGUGGACUUCUGUCCCAGUUUUCCUCAAGCUACUUCAUCUCUCCAAGUGGAACUUUUCAUUUUUCUGUUUUAAAAAACUGGGUCUCGUAUAGCUGAGGCUGACCUUGAUCUUCAUAUAUAUGCAGCCAACUGUGUCCAUGAACUUCUGCUCCUCCUGUGCUGAGAUAAUAGGCGUGUGCUUGUCAUGCCAUGUUUAUGUGGUGCUGGGCAAGGAAUCCAGGGAUUUGUGCAUGCUAGGCAAGUACUCUACCAACUGAGCCGCAGCUUGGCCCCUUGGAGAUAAUAUUUUCUGCCGUGUGAAAAACGUAGGGAGUGUUCAAUUAGAAAAUGUUAACUCGGUCACUUCUGUCACCACAGUGAGUGCCAUGGUUGGUUCAGCACUAAUCUGACUAGCUAGGCAAGCAUCCUCUUCCUCCUUCCCCCCUCUGGUGUGUGUCCCUCCUUACCCAGGAGAUAAGGUCAGUUCUUUGGUCAAGGUCAUAUAAAUAACUGAAAAUUCCCUGCUAAAACCUCUAGACAAGUUUCUUGGGUCCAUCCAAAACACAUAGGGUAGUGGUAGGUCUAAGACUCUGGACAUAUGCAAACGAGAUACUCUAUGUGGUCUCCCUUCAAAGAAGUCAUGAAUGGUGGCACAGGUCUAACAUCCCAGCAUUCAGGAAGCUGAGGUUUGAAGAUAGCACUUCAUGCUAGUUUGAUAACUAACACUCACUGAGAUAAUCUCCCAGCCUCUCCCAAGCAAUUCAAAACUGACAUGCUGACUAGAACAUCUCAUGUCCACACACACACCCAGAUUGGGAGAGGUUGAGGACAUUUUAAUUAGUCAACAAGUGAUGUUGUACUCCUGUCUUUCAAAGUAAUUGACCAUAACUUCGAGUUCUGUCAUAUAACAUUUUUGUAAAAGAACAACAGUGCUGAGAACAGAGCAGUCUGAGAACAGAGAGCAGUCUAAGAGCAGAGAGCAGUGCUGACAACAGAGAUUAGUGCUGAGAACACAGAGCAGUGCUGAGAACACAGAGCAGUCUGAGAAGAGAGCAGUGCUGAGAACACAGAGCAGUGCUGAGAACACAGAGCAGUGCAGAGAACCAAGAGCAGUGCAGAGAACAGAAAGCAGUCUGAGAACAGAGCAGUGCUGAGAACAAAGACCAGUGCUGACAACAGAGACCAGUGCUAACAACAGAGACAGUGCUGACAACAGAGAAUAGUGCUGAGAACAGAGAGCAGUGCUGAGAACAGAGCAGUGCAGAGAACAGAG